AUGGGCCAGCUAGCAGUUCAAGCGACUGCGGCCAUAACAGCCACCAUGGUGGUGGUCAGCCUGUUCUCGGCCUUCUACAUCGUGAACGACAUCAACUCCUUGUACGAUGAGAUCAUGUCUGACAUCCAGGAGUUCAGAACUCACGCUGACGACGCUUGGAACGUGAUGGUUCGGGCUAGCCGUAAGAACCCAGAAUCCUUCAACCGGUUGAUUCUCCGUCAUCGUCGUCAGUACGAUGCUGGAGCUACAAAUACCGGUGCCAGUCAAGGUGGUGCUUCUGGAGGCUCUUGCGGAUCUUGCGCGGCUUCAGCCAGCAAAUGUCCACCUGGUCCUCCUGGUCCACCUGGUACACCCGGCCUACCCGGAGACGAUGGUACACCUGGAGAGGCGGGAAAGUCUGGUACAGCUGGUACCGCAUUCGGAAGCGAUGAAGGUUCGAAAGGCUGUUUGCCAUGCCCAGCUGGACCACCUGGCCCACCUGGACCCAACGGACCACCAGGACCAGCCGGCAACGAUGGACAACCUGGUCAACCUGGCCCAAUUGGUAAUCCUGGUACUCCAGGGCAACCAGGACCAUCCGGAGAUAUUGGACCAAACGGGCAACCUGGUGCUCCAGGUACCCCAGGACAACCUGGUGCACCUGGUACACGCGGAUCUGGUCUUCCUGGCCCACCUGGUCCAGCUGGUCCACCCGGAACUCCAGGACAGCCCGGACAAGAUGGUACCGGAUCAAGUGCACCAAUUCCUGGUCCACCUGGUCCAGCUGGAGCCCCAGGUCAACCAGGACAACCGGGAUCGGAUGGUCAACCUGGUGCACCUGGUGGUGCUGGUACACCUGGUCACGACGCUGCCUACUGUCCUUGCCCACCACGAAGCGGUGAAGCUCCAGUAGCCUCGUCUUCAGCCAGUAAGAGUUACGGUACCGAAGUAGCACCUGCACCAGCUCCAGCUAGCCAAAGUGCACCAGCUAGCCAGGGAUACGAUAGCCAAGGAGGAAGUGGAUCAUCCGCUAGCCAAGGAUACGGUGGCCAAGGUGGUAGCCAAGGAAGUGGUUCAGGUGGUGCUCAAGGCAAAGGCUACCGUAAGGUCAGAAGAAACCGAAGAAUGAGACAACGUCCAAACGGUCGCCAAUAA